AUGGCCUCCGAGGCGCCGCCGCCACAGGCUGAGACGCAGCUCCAGGACACCCCCCAUGCAGAUGCAAGCGCAGAUGCGACACAGAAGCCGCAGGUCAAGCGGUCGUGGAGACGUAAAUACCGCAAGAUGCGCAUCCAGUUCGACAAUGCCAUGACCGAAAGCAAUAGCCUCAUAUCGCAGGAGUGGAAGGCCAUGGGCACAGCGCGCCGCCUGCAAGAGACCAACGACCAGCUCCUCGACGCGCUCCUCGACUUCAACGACCAGACACGCGUCAACGCCCGCCUGCGCUACGACUUGCGCCAACUCUCCGCUGCUGAUACUGCUGUGCCAUCCCUCGAAGCAGGCCCGGGUCCCGACUUCAUACAGCAACAGCUACGAGAGCUGCGUGAUGACGUUGCGGCAGGCACCAUCACGGCAGAACAGUACGCACAAAAGGCCGACCAACUACACAGCUCGCAGGCGAUACAACACGCCCUAAAGUCCCUCGCCAGUCUCGAAGCCAAGGUCCCUCACACAACGCGCGACGACUUGCCAGAGCAGCCUAUCGAGGGCAUAGACCUCAGCGAACACGCGCCAGGCUACAUGUCCCCUGUGCACGAAGAAGAGUAUCUCCUCGCCAUGGACCAGGUUCUCGCAGAACCCGGCUUCGACCUCGCCCUCCAACAGGGGCGCCCGCUCCGCCUCCCAUCUGCCCAACCGCCGCUCGGCGAAAAAGACCUCACAGUGCGCAACCCAGAUAGUGUCUACAAUUGGCUUCGCAAACACCAACCACAGGUCUUCUUGCAAGACAAGGAUGCUGCACACCACGAGAACAUGUCUGAGAAGUCGGCUGCUAAGCCUGGUAACACCGGUGGACGCAAGGUGAAGCGGGAGUCUGCCGUGGGGGGUACACCUGGACCGCGAGAUCACGAGGACGAGGACUCUGCUGCACCAGAGACGGGCAAGGGCCGUCGGAAGACCAUUGGAGAUGAUGACACCGCAUACCGGCCCAAGGGAGGUACCAGUCGGCCCACAAAGCGUAAGCGGGAAGAAGGCGACACACCCGUGGUCAAGGGUGGGAGGAAGAAAAACCGAGCGAGUACAGGCGUUGCUAGCUGA